UUUCUCGCCCGCUCCUCUGCCUUCCUCCGAGAGCUGCUGCGGCGGCGUGCGUGGGCACCCUGCGGCACGGGUAACGGACGCAGGCUGCGCAGGGAGCGAGCAGCGAAACGUGGCUUUGCCACGCUGGGCGAUGCCGGCAGCGGCGGGGAUCGGGCGAGAAGGGGCGGCCUGAGGCGGAGUUGGGGGACGAUACACGGGUCCGAGUGCUGCCGGGGGCUGGGGGAAAGCGGCCGCCCCGGUGUGCCUGGCGUGCCGAGCGGCUCCCGCUGCAGAGACAUGCUGCUUACCAUGUAGCGGGGUCCCAGCCGCACGGCAGCGGAGUGGGGCCGGGCAGAGCGGAGGAGACGAGCCGGUCCGCAUCCCCGGGCAGGCAGCCGCCUUCCUUCUCCGGUCCGCGCGGCCACAGCCGCUCGGUGCGAGAGGCAGCAGAGGGGAAGGCAGAGCAGAGGCGCUGCUCCUCCCUCCCCCGGCCGGAUAUAUAGUAGCAGACCCACAGGAGGAGGAGAGAGGUACCUUGUGCAGGAAGUUAAAGGAAGGACAGAACAAAUCGGCACCAUGUCUUCAGUCUCAGCUUAUUACAAUGGAAAGACCGUUCUUGUCACAGGAGCUACAGGUUUCAUGGGCAAAGUACUGCUGGAAAAGAUUCUGCGCUCCAGCCCUGAUGUGAAAGCGGUUUAUAUACUUGUCAGACCAAAGGCUGGACAAUCGAUGCAAGAGAGAGUGGCCAACAUGUUGAAAUGCAAGGUCUUCGACAGGGUCCGAGAAGAUUGCCCUAAUUUCCACGAGAAGAUUAAGCCUAUUAAUGCUGAACUCACUCAGCCCAAGCUGGCCAUCAGUGCUGAAGAUGAAGAGGAGCUUCUGACCCGGAUCAAUAUUGUCUUCCACUGUGCAGCAACAGUUCGUUUUGAUGAACCCCUGAAACAUGCCCUGCAACUGAAUGUAUUGGGCACGCAGCGGCUUCUAGAGCUGGCCCGGCAGAUGCAGAACCUCGAGGCCUUCAUCCACAUCUCCACUGCCUAUGCAAACUGUGUCCGGAAAUGCAUAGAUGAAAUCAUCUACCCACCCCCAGCUGAACCCAAGAGGCUCUUCGAUUUAGUAGAGUGGUUGGAUGAAUCUAUCAUUGAAGACAUCACACCCAGGCUGAUUGGGGACUGGCCUAACACUUACACCUACACCAAAGCCUUGUCAGAAUACUUGAUCCAGCAAGAGAAAGGAAACUUGAACAUUGCUAUCAUCAGGCCAUCCAUCGUGGGAGCUAGCUGGCAUGAGCCUUUCCCGGGUUGGAUUGACAACUUCAACGGGACAAGUGGAAUAUUUAUUGCGGCGGGGAAAGGGAUUCUGCGGACUGUCAUCGCCAACAACGAAGCAGUGGCAGAUAUGAUCCCAGUAGACGUCGCCAUCAACCUUACCCUUGCAGCUGGGUGGUACACUGCUGUGCACAGACCAAAAAACAUGUUGGUGUACAACUGCACAACAGGUGGAAUCAACCCUUUCUUCUGGGGAGAAAUGGAGCAGUAUGUUAUGUCCACAUUCAAAAGGAACCCACUGGAGCAGGCCUUCCGAACACCCAAUGCUCACUUGACGUCCAGCUACUUGAUAAACCAGUACUGGAUAACUGUCAGUCACAAGGCUCCAGCCAUACUCUAUGACCUGUACAUGAGGCUCACAGGGAGAAAGCCCAGAAUGAUGAAGAUUGUCAAUCGACUGGAAAAGUCUAUGACACUCCUGCAGUAUUUCUCCACCCAGUCCUGGGAUUGGUCUUCAGAGAAUAUGAAUAUGUUAAUGAGUCACCUUAACACAGAGGACAAAAAGUUAUACAACUUUGAUGUUCGUCAGCUGCACUGGUCAGAAUACAUUGAAAGCUACUGCCUAGGCGCUAAGAAGUACUUGCUAAAUGAGGACAUGUCUGGCAUUCCAGCAGCAAAGCAGCACUUACGGAAGCUAAGGAACAUCCGAUACGCAUUCAACACCACGCUUCUUGUGAUCAUCUGGCGCAUUUUCAUUGCAAGGUCACAGAUGGCUCGAAACAUCUGGUACUUUGUGGUGAGCCUCUGCUACAAGUUCCUUUCCUACUUCAGGGCAUCCAGCACCCUCAGGCACUGAAGCCGUCCAUCAGCAACCAGCCUCUUUCAGAAGGACCCUCCAUCUCCUCUAAUCAGCAACUAUGGGCAUCGGGGUCUGAAAGUAGCAGAAAAAUCCACUCCCUCCAACAGCAGCCUGCAUUUAUUGUGCACUGUUUUAUGUUCACCUUUUUAAUUUCAACUAAUGCUUUAAUACAUGGUGGUCUUUCUUCCAUAGGACCAGGCCAAUUUUUAAAGCCAUAACUGAAGCUUUAGGAACAGGUCAAGCUGGAACCAUUCAUCUAGAGUCUGAUGUGCAAAAGUAAGGAUUAACCGAAGUCAGUGUCUUCCCAUGUACUACCUAGGCUAUCUUAAUUCCAUUUCUUCCUCAGAAGAGGCAAAUUUAAAGCAUACAGGCUUGGAAGAAAAGGAUGUCAUCAGGGAAGACCCAGCCAAGGAAAUUUACCCUGUAAGAAAGAGGUCUUCCUAAAGAGGCUAUUCCUUCAUUCUCAUUCAGUGAAACAGUACCUUACUGAAAAUCAUUAUUUCACCUUUUCAGUUUUUUGAAACUUAGAAAAAGAUCAGUUCACUAGGUCAGUGAACACACUGAACAGUUUUCAGAUCUUGUCUUAUAUUACUACUGAGGACUGAUAUUUUCAAGCCAUAACUGAAGAAACACAUAAAAUUCAUGUACCUGUGUUAACUCCACUCACUCACAAGCUGCUUUCUUAUGGAGAGGUAUUUUUUUCUCUCUGCAGUUAAGGUUGCAGUCUAUAAAAACUUUGCUCUUGCAUUUAUCCCAUUUGCUUGGAACAUUUUUCGGGCUUGAAAAAAUGCUGUAUUUACUCUGAGAAUGAAGAGAAGGCUUCUUAAAAUAUUGAAGAAGAAUUCAGAAACUUUUUAUUGUUUUUGAGGAAUAGGUCUGUUUCUCCCUUGGAUUUGUCUGCAGAAAACUUUUCUCCCUGUAGCUCAAAACCAGCCUGAUACUGUCCUUCAUGCUUUCAUUACAGCUAAAUCACUUUACAGUUGAUCACUCCCACUGGCGAAAAAGGGCAAAGACAUGUACGGAGUAAACCCCAUCAGGCCAGUUCUGCUGCCACUCUUGUCAAUAGGAAUUAAAAAGUCUGAAAUCUGAUUCCAUUGAGGUUAACAGUUGGACUCAAUGAUCUUAAGGAUCGUUUCCAAUCUAACCAAUUCUACGAUUCUAUGACUUCUCUGUAGAAACAGUCAUUCACUGUGAAGGUAAUGCAUUUUGUCCUACAUUGCAGUUUAGAAAGGAAGUCAUGGACCUUCCUAAUGCUUAUGGCUGUUGGAGAUACUUGUUUCACUUGUGAAGUAUGAAUUCCUGUGGGGAGGAGAGAGAGAGUGAGCCUUCUUCAAAGUAGCUGGUGCAACAAAGGCCUUAGUGCAACAGCAACAAAUUUAUCAUGUUAUCAGAUUUUCAGAGUCAAAUCUAAUACUGGAAUAUUUUUUAUUCAGAUAACACUGGAUAAGCACUUUAAGGUUAUCAGACUUUAAAGCAGCUAGGUUUUGAAAUGAUGCAGCAUUCAAUUUCUCUACUCUUGUGUCAUGCUAGCUGUCAGAAAAAAGUAAUGCUACAUCACAAAAAAAUGACACAGUUGCUCUUUUGAGAGCUGAGAAUAGCAGAGUAUUUACAAGGCUGGCAUUCUUCAAAAAAUUAUACUUCUUUUUGGCAGUGAAUGCACGAGCAAGUUAUGAUGACAGUAUAUUUAUAUCCUAGGCCUCCAAGCUAGUUCAAAAGUCUUUCUUAAGGUGCAAGGAAUUCAUCUUCCCCCAUAUGCCCCAGAGGUCUAGUUUCAAGCAAUGGCCAAAGGAUGACUGCAGCAUAAUCUGACCAGAAACAUGCUGUCCAGAGUGACAAGGUUUUGGCACUCCCUAGCAAAGGCCCCUGUGUAUGUCACACAUUACUUCUGAUCUAUGCUUAAUUAGGUCAAGCACUCAGUUUAGAAAGAUGCAAAUUUUUUAAGCUUUUGCCUUGAAAACAUACGUUCAAAAUGAAACCAUCCUGGUUGUUAGCUAUUUUUUUUUACAACUUCAGAAAGCUGGCAGUAUGUGCUGCGUAUUGCACAUUAGCAAGGUGUCACUGCCUGGGAAACUAGGAGCUAUGGGUUUGAGUGCUGGGGACCA